AUGCCAUGAUUUAUGAUUUUAAGAUAAUUUAAUUGUGUAUUGUGACAUUAUAAGCUAAGGUUUCGUAGUUAAUAGUUUAAUGAAAUGGUGAUAAUAACCAUUUUAAGGGAAAGUCAUCUUUUAUAAAUUUGACAUCAUUAGGUAGUCUGGUAAACUUAAGACUUAAGUUACAAGGAGAAAAGCCUUUCACUUUGAUCCUAAUUAUUUACUAUAUACAAAAAGCCAGAACUGACUCCCCCAAAUUGGCCAUCAAUCUUUGUCUUCCCCUUUUGCAAUUACCAGAAAUCUGCCCAAAGCCAAUUGAAGGUUAUGCCAUCGCAUUCAGACUCCAGGUGGUGAACUCAGCUGGUUAGCGAACCAAAAAUUUACAUAAUCACUUAACUCAUGGCCCACAUUUCAGGUGAUUAUCAUCGGGUCGGUGGAGAAACAAUGCCCUGGCCAAAGAUCUGGACAUAAAUUAAGUCCAGUCCAGUCCAGUCCACAAACGGAAAACGGACGAGCUGUCUGCCCUUAAUCUUGAAUUACAAAUCGAGUGCAAUUAUCCGACGGGACGGCUGCAAUGAGUCUCUCGAUUGGGUUCUUGGGUACCCCCCAUUCGGGGGGCCCCUUGGCAAUUUGUUUUCACACUUUACGAUUUGCAUGGCCGGAUCAAUGUUUUCGAUAAGCGUCGACAAGGUUUCCUUGGGAGUCGGAACCUGGUUUUGGACUGGCUCCAAAGGAGAGCCAUUCUCUAGUCCGGGAGUCCAGCAUUCCACUUCCCACUUCCAGCGGCAUUUGCGUGCCCAGUUUUUCUCCUUUGGCGCUACUGUGUGCGCCUUUAAAUUUCGCAUUUAAUUGAUUUGUCAACACAAAUGUCCGUCGCGGCUUCCUGGCCAAGUAAGCCGCUUACUCGCAGCGACUUGGCCUAAACACACGAGUUAUGCCGGCAUAAAUUGCCGACUUUAGUCUUUGACUGCCAAUCGAAAGUCGAGUGCUGGCCCAGGGCCAAGCGAUAUGUUGUUAUUUCAAAGACUUCAAAGCCGCAUCGACGCAUCGCUAACUGCAAUCAUCAAUCAAAAAUUAAAGAGCCGGGAAAUGUGUAUCUCUGCUCAUUCAAUCCGCUAAAAGUUGCAAUCUCAUACUCAUUCGGAAUGGUCAUUCGAAUGCAGGGCUCCAAGGGAGCUUCUGUGUGGGCGAUUCUUACGUGGUCGGACUCUUGAAUCUCGAUGGGACGCGCUCUUGAAAGAAGCAAGUGAGGAUUGGCACAGUGGCGAGCUGCCUUCUCAAUAUUUGGAUGGCUAAGAACUUGAUUUAUGGCAGAUAUGUGGUGUAAGCACAAAUAAUAUUUCAUUAAAUUCACUACAGAGUGGCAUUCUUACAAGUAGAUACUAGUUAUAAUUCACUAAUGCAUUGCAUAUAUCUGCGGUUGCAUUUAAAAACGAUUGUGCCACUGUAUUUGCGCCAUUGUCUCCUGACACUUGGCGACAUUCCUGAUUUCCCUUUUAUUUUCAGGUAGCGCCAGUGCGCCCUCCCUGAAUCUGAAUUAUGUUGUCAUGUCCCCCGGCUCUUUGUUUUUCUGUCCCCUGCUCCGUUUGGCUUUGUCUUUUGGCUUUGUCAGUUGGCUUUCGGUUCUCUGGCUUUUUGGCCUUCUGCAAAAUGCGAACACGCGCCCCAGCACGUGGGCGAAUAAUUUCUGCCGCCGUUUGUGUCUGUUUCCUUUGAUAUUUUUCCCUUUUUUUGUGUUUGGGAAGGGGCAGCUCCAUCUGUGCGGCGCUUAUUAAUUGUGUGCGAAUGUUUGCACAAUUUGUCAAUAUUAUCGCACAAAACAUGACCAUUGGCAGCCGCCCCCGCACUUCACCGUCCCGCCAGCCAUAACAUCUUGUUCAGCUACCAAAAAUGGUUUGCCUAAGUGAUUUGUGAUUUAUGAAUUCACUCGAUUUUCGCUUGCACAUUUAAUGGGAUGUGGCGGGCGUGAUUGUCACUCAUUUUUCUACACAGAAAAAAUUGUUGUGUACUUACUACUUUGCUCUAAAUAGCUUUCUAGAUUUGCUUUCAAUGUUGGUAAGGCUUUUAAUAAUUUUGUAGCACUUGUGUAUAGCUCAUGCAAACCAAAGCUUAGCUAGUUUAUAGUUAAAGCUUUGUUUGUAGAUUUAAGAGAAUUUAAGAGAAAUGGGUUUAAGAUGUCUCUGAUAUGAUAGAUUGUUUUGCAGUUUUUGCAAGUUGUAUGUUUAUUGAUGAGAUAGAUAAUUCGGACACAGAGAUCGAAUUUCCUUGCUCUGUAUCUGUAUCUGUAUCUAUCUCUAUCUACCCGUCUAUAUAGAUAUAUCUAUCUCUAGCUGGAGCUCGGUCUUUGGCCUGGGGGCCUGACUAUUUGCUAAUUCCCCAGCCCCAACCCGCUCACGUCUGGCAAUAUGCUUUACGACUUUAUAAUGCCCGGCUAAUUGGGUCAACCAGCUCGUUGGGCAAAGGGGGCGGGGUGGCAGAGGGGGUGUGGCAGGCGGUGGAGAAGGGGGAGUCAACGCAUGUUUCAAAUGUUUGAUAAACGCGUUGUGGCAUUGCCUCCUGACACCACUCAUACAUAUUAAUGCCUGACGACGACAAUGUUGUAUAUUUGUGUCUGGUAGCAAACUGGGUGUUGCUCCAAUGUUGGCCAAAACCCACGUCCAAACUAACGGAUUGGCACCUGGGAUCUGGAAUCUGGGAUCUGAAGUUGGGUUCCCCACCUGAGUUGAGUGGGCGUUGCGGGGCACAAAGGAGCUGUGAUUAGUAGCAACUGUACUGGGCUGUCACAUCUGUAAUCUAACUUCAGGAACAGGAAAUGAGAUAUACCAAAUUGGGUGGAGAAAAUCGAAGUUUUUGAAUCUAGCUCGUAGAAUUACCUCCAUCUAAGCAAAUUUAUAAUUUUUAGGUAUUACCUUUUCAUCAAUAGAUUGGCAGUUACCAAUACGACAGUAUAAUAUCUAAACAACUCUGUUCUUAUAUCUAAUUGAGGGGGAUUUCAAAAAAAUGUGGCUCAUGUAAGGGGCGUCUCCAUUGGGUCGACUUAAUAGAAAGCGAAAACUCGACAAUUUUCCACGAGUGCCACAACUCGCUGGCUGCUAAGCCGCGAAAGUAAAUAAUCCAAUUAUCGCACACAUGCGCGCCCAUAGCAUAAAUAAAAUCAUUUGAUAAGACAAGCCGUAGACCAAGGAGACGGAAGACGGGAGACUAGAGGCCAAAGACUGAAGACUGAAGACUGAACACUGAAGAUUGGAGACCGAAGAAGGCAGACCGAAGACUAAAGACUGAAGACUGAAGAGCGAGGACCGGGCGGGGAAAUUGCAUAAACAUGUUUGGGAGCCGCUCACUGAGGAAGUAAGUCAGUCAGAUGAGAGUCGACUUUGCAUUUGAAAUAUGCUGCAUUAAUAUGCCGAUAAAUAUUUGCCAGCCAUCGGGCGACUCUCUUCGGAUCUUCGGCUAUAUGUGUAUGGCGAUAUAGCCAUAUAGCUGGCCAACAACUCAAUUAGAUGGCAGUCUGGGGUGGGUUUGAAAUUAAAUGGCAUAAAAUAUUUCCGCGAAUGAUCAUUAGCCGAUCCUGAUUACGAUCGCGAUCAUCAUGGGCAGACUUGGCGCAACUUUGUCGCCUCCUUAGUGGAGUUUCUCUGGAAAUUACUCGAAUUCGGAGGGUAUAUUGGACUAAAGACCUAUUGACACGUAUACCUAAAGUAAUGAAGCCAUUUUCUAGUUUUCUUAACUUUUUUUGGCGCUGCCAUUAUAAAGUAUGCGAUGAUAAAGUAUUUCUUGAGCGCUUGAGGUUCAGCGCUACUGGGUACUCACAGUUCGAUUCUGCAGUGCCAACACCCCCCUCCUUUUAUCCGAAUCCCCAUUUCGUGUCCGUGUGCAUUGUGUCAAUGUCAGCAAUGUCUUUCCAUCUUUCCAUCUGCGUCUGCGUGGCGUGUCAACAAUUUGACAGACAUUCAUCAGCGUUCGCCACUUUGGAGCUGCCUGUGUCGCAUACUCAAUCAGCAAGGGGAAGUCGACUGGGAAUGGGAGUUGCAUCUGGAGUUGGAGUUGGUGGAGUUGGAGCUGGAGUCGGGAUCGAAGUUAAAGUCGGAGGUGGUGUAGGGGGGAGCCCAGUGGAGUGCCGUGCCAAGUCGCAGUUGUCAUUUGUGCGGUGUGGCUUUUGCCUUUGUGCCGCGUGCGCAUAAUUGAUUUUUUCCCGGCGAUUUGCUGGUUGUUUGCUGGUCAGCUGCCUGUGUUCUCCUGCUGCCGUUGUCAUAUUAAUGUCAAAAAGAUUGCACUUGAUCAUGAGUUGCGUGUUUGCCAAUUUGUGCACACAGAGGGCCCCGAAGAAUGGGGCGAACGUGGGCUGCUCUUCAGCGGCGGCAGAAGAAUUCAGUGUAUUCAGAACUGUGUGCAGGAGAAUCAUGGGAAAGCCGAGUGAAAGGAGUGCGGAUGGGUGCACUUGUUCGUGGGCGUUAUUUCAACACCAUGGGAAAAUAUUUCCACAGCUCUCGCCGCUCGACUGCCAUUUGUAAAGGGAAUGCGAGCCGGGUGGCGAAAAAAAAAAACAAUAAUGAUAUUGCUAAAUAUGAACAAACAAUUGGGAGUAUUUAUCGAUUAAAUACCUAAAUACCAGGUGGGUCUAGACAUUCACUAAAAAUAAAACGUGCGUCAAGUACUUUAUCGUUGGCGAUCACAUGGCUUGCCUCGCUUUGUUUUGCAUUCCGCAGCACAUUACUGACCUAAGCUACCCAAACAAGUAAUGGGUGUGAAUCAGUGACACUUGGCAUGGGCCAUAUAACUUUAAGGGGUUAAGAGGUUAUGACAUUUGGUUGCUUGUGCUUUCUAAUGGCACAAGUCUAGCUAUUUACUUUAAUGCAAAUAAUUGUGACUUCUCUGUGCAUGUUUCAUGCACUUCAUCCUUAAGGGUGAUUAGUUUACCUUUCAUAAUCGUAACAUUCAGAACCUGUUAUUUUCCUUAGCCUCUCAAUGAAGCCCCUCUAAACGCCAGUUGCGCCCUUUCAACAACUUCCUCCGGGCACUUGAUGAUAUGUUCUGCCAGCUCAAUUGCCAUUUAAUUACUUCAUUUAACAAAACCAACAGCAACAUCACUUAAACUGAGGGCGCCUCACAUUGCAAUUGCACAUGUUGAAUGCAAUUACAGGCAAAGCAUUUAGACGCCAAUAAUUAUUGGAUAUUUAUAUGCAGUCAAGAGCCGCCAACAAGUUUGCCAGACGCUAAAAGCCCCACCAGUCGUGUGGUUGAUUUCCAAGGGGGGGGGAGUCUCGGUUGAAUGGGUCACCCCCGCACAUUGCAUUGACAUUGAAUUGCAUCUGCUCCAAUCUCUAACUGUAAAGUGCCAUCAGACGUUAGGAUGAGAUUGUUUGCCCAUUUCCGCCCCUCCAUUUGUGCCACAUCCCCCUUUUCGUUCACUGCCAUUCGAACUUACAUAUAUGUAUGUUUGUAUAUGGCUAAAGUUGUUUUUGCUCUUGGCUCUUAGCACUCACUUUAUUAAAUGACAAUUUGAACGACGAUGAUGUUAAUGAUGUUAAUGAUGCUUAUGGGGUUGGGACUCAAUGAACAUUUGAUUUGGAUCUUGAGAGGGUGAUGGGAAUCGAAAUAUGUCUCGCUCUUUCAAUCAAUUAGGGCCCAAGGAGGAACAAAUAUUUAAUUUACUAUAAUUUAUUACUUUUAAUUUUGCUAAGUUAACUGCUCUUCCUUACAUAUUAUUGUGAUUUUUCUCUUAUCAGAGAAAAGAUGCUACGUAGGUUUAUUAUGUUUUUAAGAGCUUAUAAAACACUUAAUUUAUUUAUAACAUUGCGAACGUAUAAUUUCGUUCUUAGUCACCUAAAGUUUCCAUUACUCAAAACCCCUUAGAUCAACACUUGUCGAACGGGUUUCCAUCGCUGGAGCCAUUAACCCGUUGAUGUAAUCAAUCCGAGGUGCAACAUAUUAUUCAAUUAAAUCGAACUAUUGCAUAAAUCUUGACCAGCAGUCACCCCGUUGCCUUCCACACCCAAGAGCGGGCCAUUCAUCAAGAACUGGCUGCGCUUGUCAUUAUGUCAAGUUCGUUGAGCAAUCCACUAAACCAGAGUUGUAAUCAGAAACGGCUAUAAAGCCACCCCAGUCAAAUCCCCAUCCCAAUCCCAAUCCCCAUCCCCAUCCCCAUCGCCAUCCCCAUACCAAUUCCGUUCAGUGCCACUACUAAGUUGUCGCUGGCUCAUAAAAAUGGCAAUCACAUUUGCAUUGCAUGCUCGACCAAUGUGAAUCGGACAUCAUACUGCGCAUUUCCAAUUCGAUCCGAUCGUUGCCCGAUCGCCAGUAUUUAUUUCUAAGGGGUGGGAGGGCUGAAAAGGGCUAAGCUUAACCCAACAAAGCCGAUAGACAGCACGCAGUUUCCCCGGAAAUCUGUUUACAAGUGACACGGCCGACUAUUUAUAGGGGUCUGAAGUUCCCGAGGCUGUGUGUUUGGAUUUUUGAACUCCUUGAGUUGCCAAUCAGGCCGGACGAGUCUGAACUCAAUUGGAAAUAUUUUCAUUUGAGUGGCGGAUUUUCCCAAUUAGGGCUAUCCUAAAUUUCCCAGAUAUAACAUUGUAGAUUAUUGAUUAGGUAAGAAGGGAAAUAUGCGUCUCUAGAGCAAAGUACCUUCAAUUUAAACGGCUAGUAAUAUUACAUCGAAAUCAAUAAUGAAUGCUUUCUUGAAUGCUUGACAUCAGUAGUUAGUGUCUCCUUGCAACUCACUUUUAAAUCAGUUCAUGAGCAGGCAGAACCCAUUUUCCUUUGCCCUCGAUUUUGAUUCUGGCUUUAGCCAGUUUGCGAUUAUCUUUCACUGGACAACCACACCCUGACAUAAAGUUAAUUAAAAGCUUUCAACGCUUUUGACACUUGCCGCUAAUGUCGCGCCGCCCAAAAAUGCCUCCCAUAGAUAAUGUUUCUGUUUUUUAGCUUGCCACAAGGUGUCCUUGUGCGUGGAGUUUUCCACAAUUAGUUCAGCUUGCAGCGGCCUGUUCUGACAAUUAAGAAAUUCCUGGCUGCGUUUGCCGGCUGCUCAGUAAUUUUUAUCACAUACAUUUUUUAUCGCAAAUAUCACAACUUCAUCAGCAAUCAAUGCGGCCAACAACACGAGAGGCGGGCAGGCAGACAAUUAGCCAUAAAAUUAGCUGCAAGUUGGCUCAAGGAAUGCGUUGUCGAUGGCCAAGGCGCUUGGCGGUGGCAAAUUGAAAACAAUUUUAGCUAUUUGCAUAUAAAUGCAACCUGAGACGCUGCCAACCAGCAGCAGCAACAAAAGCUGCAACAACAGCGGCAACCUGCAGCUGCAAUGCUGCCCACCGAUAUUGCCAUAAAUGUUGCAGGCCCACUGUGGAAUAAAGUUUUUAAAAACCAAAAAAAAAAUUUGAAUAAAAAAUUCCAGCCAAUUUCAACUCUAAAGGUACGUUGGUGUACUUAGUUAAAAGAAAAAUAGAUUUUCUUAGAUUUAAGAUAAGGUGCACAACAUAUAUAAGAAUUGUUACUAGGGCCAAGUACAAAAGGUUUAAGUUUACUUCCAAAUUAUUUGGCUAUAAUCAGACCACAAAUUUGUUCUUGUGUUCAUCGCACUAAUGAGUUUUUGAUCUUUUUUUACUUCUUUUUCCUGUACCCAAUUUAUUUAACUGAGCUGUGCCAAAGAAGGCUUAUUGAAAUUGCAUAUUAAAUUAAGUAAUUUAGUUUAAUGACCAUUGCUAAUACCAUUUGAAUUAACACAUAGAAAGAUAAAGAAAUGUCUUAGGGAGAGUAAAAAAGAUUAUUAAUGUUUAAGUGAUCUUUAAUCAAGCCCUAAUUAAGAAAUAUUUGUCCAUGAGUUUUGUUCUUGUGAGAUACUCGCUAAUGGGUUUUUGAUCACCUUAUCGGUCACCAGUUUUUAGUGCCGCUUCCUGGGGCUAAUUUGUUCCACUGUGCUAGGCUGUUCAGUUUAUCGAAAUUGCAUUUGCCAUAUAGUUCAUAAUGGCAUGUUCUUCGACUGUGGUCAGUACUAAAGAGAUAAAGAUUGCGGAGGGCGAUCGGCAAACGCUUUUAUCAGCUCACUGGCAUAAAUAUUGAUACAGCCUGAACAGUCGCCUUGGCAACAAUUAAGGUAGCCAGCGAUGGAAGAACCGCACAAACCGCCCACGUGGUCGAAAAAUACAUCAACAUAUGGAGUGAAUAAAUGCCCAAACACUUGUGGAUAUUGUUAAGAAAUACUUCCACACAAGCACAAAAGUUCAAACUACAUUUCACGCCUAAUUUCAUCUGACAACAACAGCGGCGAAAAGUUGGGGCAUAUUUUUACACAUUUUCUUGAUGUUGUUUUUUCACUUUGUGGCUAAGGGGGGAACGGAAGGGGGCUCUGUGGUGGUUGCUGUGUUAAUUUGGGACAUAAUUGCAAGCUCGCCAGGAUGAGUGGGGCGAUGGGGCGAUGGAGCGGAAGAGGGGGCGGCACAGUGGGGCGGAGGGGACAGCUGCGCCGACUGGUUAUGACAGCAAUGACAGCUGCGGCAGCGUCGGCAUUUGAAUAAUUUGCAAUUAAACGCUCCACGCGGCUCAGCAAUUAAGCAAGGAGUCAAGGAAGAGGUGCGGCGAAGAGGUAGCACAGAGAGAAAAAUCGGGUACAGGAUUCAUCCUAGGAGACCCAUGAUUCAAUGCUAUUUAAAUUCAUAAAAUAUCUAAAGCAUUGUAUUCUGCUUUGUCAUAUUGUUAUGAAACUGUAAUGGUUUUAAUAUAAGAAAUUCAAUUAAAUUAUCCUCACAGUAGUCGUGGGAGUGGGAGCAUUUGCAAAAACGUCACACGGACCACACGACGUAUGCGUAAUAUGUGCAUCUGAUUCGGCGAGCCUGGUCGGCUUUUGAACGGGUUUAUCUGGUAGUACACAGGAGUUGGCCUGAGAACGAAUGCAAAUGUCCACGUCCAUCAGCUGUCCGCAGCUGCUGAAAGUUGAUGGCCCGCGAUGAAGACAGCGGACCGGUCAAAACCAACACCCAACUGUGUUUCCAAUUAAACGCCGCUUAGCCAAACAACGCUGCCAAACAAACGAGCAAACGAGCAACUGGGCAACUGAACAACUGAGCAACCGAACAACCCAAAACAACCCGAUCAGCCAAACGUCAGCGCUACUUUCAGUUUGCUUUACGGUUAGUUCGUGAGCUGGUCGCACUGAACUUGAAUCCGUAUGUGGCAGACAGUUGGGGUCUGGAGCUCCAAGCCACCAAGCCACCAGCCGCAAGAUCAGAUCCAGAUUCAGAUCAGAGCUCUGCGAUUCGGAGCAACUCUGCGCAGCAAGUUUACCAACACCAGUGCAGAGUGCAGCAAAGAGUUCUGCUCCGGCAUCAGGGGAUGGCUGACCGCCAAAGGUGAGCUGAACCUGGACAUCCAGCUGAAUCGCACCUUGAGGAAUGGAUUGAGGACAACAAUUACCCUCCUGCAGCUGAUCGAUGGCAAGGAUCGGUACCAGACACUCUUCAGCUACGACAUGGACACCUGCAAGACGCUGCGGGAACUGCUGCAGUCCAGUUUGAUGAAGGUCUGGCUGAGGAACGUGUUCAAGUACGGGAACCUGGCCGAACGCUGUCCCAUUCCGCCAGCCAGCUACAAUGUCCGCAACUUUCAGCUGGAGAACCACAGCAUUCCGGGGUAUUUGCCAGCGGGAUUCUACCGCCUCCACGACACAAAUUACUACGGAAAGCCCAAGGGCAGGCAUCGCCGUUCGGUGGCCACUUUCAUACUGGAUAUAAAGUUCUAUUAA